UCUGGAUUUGAAAGUGUGUGUUUGUGUCGGACCCCCCCCCCCUCCCCACCUCGCCUCCACACCUCCCUCUCUCUCCCGGACUGGAGACGCCGGAGCUCGGCCACUCGCUCCGGAUCCAGACGCUGGAACUGAACUCCACGCGCUGACCUGAGAGCGAUGCGCUGGCAGCAUGGCCAAGUGGUUCAAGGAGCACUUGGGAUUCAAAACCACCAAAGCGCCCCCUCCCGCGCCUCCGAAGCCGGACUACCGACUGUGCCACACCGUGGUUCCCGGCGCGCCGGGCUGCGGAGCCGCCUUCCCCAGCCCCGCGCAGCCGGACAUCCUCGCCGCCUACAAACUCCAGAAGGAGCUGGACUUCGAGGACCCGUACACGCCGGGUGGGAAUAUCGCCUUCGGCUGCGGCUUGAACAGCGCGGGGGACGCGAAGUAUGUGUCGCCGAAGCACCGGCUCAUCAAGGUGGAGACGGUGGAGAAGAGCAGCGCGGCCGCGGGCGGAGCUGUCACCGUCAGCCAGGCGCUCGCUGUGGGCAGCGUCAAGUCCCCCGCCUCGCCCCCUCCGGACCACGACAACAAGGAGCUCACUAUUCUUGAGGACUACGCGGAUCCUUUCGACGCAGAGCAGGCGGGCGGCACUCAGACAAGCACGGAGAAAGUGACCACGGAGAACGACGGCUACAUGGAGCCAUAUGAAGCGCAGAAGAUGAUGGCAGAAAUACGGUCCAGCGGUCGGGGGUCCAAGGAAAGCUCGUUGAGGCAGCUGCCCCUGUACGACACGCCGUACGAACCGACGGAGAACGGCGGCGACUCUGACCCGGAGCGCCAGCGCUGCCCCAGAGAAAGCCGACUGCCUCAGGAUGACGAGCGACCCCCGGAGGAGUACGACCAGCCGUGGGAGUGGAAGAAGGAGAGGAUUUCCAAAGCCUUCGCAGUAGAGAUUAAAGUGAUCAAGGACCUACCGUGGCCCCCGCCUGUCGGGCAGCUCAACACCAGCCCACCUCCCACCGUGGAGGAGCUGGACUCUCCCUCCCAGACAUCUCAGCCCUCGCCGGGACAGACAACCUGUGACCAGCACCACCAGGUUCAGUUCGACAACGUGGAGAAGUCUCGAAUGUCGCCCACCAAAGACGGGAAAUGCCGGCCGCUGCAGCGACACUCGAGCGGCUGCCUGGUCAACACCAAGAUGUCCUCGCUGGACCACUGCGGCUCGUCGCUCGGGGAGCGCAUCGACCCCAGCAUGCCGCUGGAGAACCAGUUCUGGUAUCACGGCGCCAUCAGCCGCACUGACGCCGAAUGUUUGCUGAGGUUGUGUAAAGAAGCCAGCUACCUGGUGAGGAACAGCGAGACCAGCAAAAACGACUACUCGCUCUCUCUCAAGAGCAGUCAGGGCUUCAUGCACAUGAAGUUGUCCCGGACCAAGGACAACAAGUACGUCCUGGGCCAGAACAGCGGCCUCUUCGACAGCGUGCCGGACAUCAUCCACUUCUACUCCAGCCGCAAGCUGCCCAUCAAGGGCGCCGAACACAUGUCGCUGCUCUACCCAGUCGCCAUCCGGACACUAUAGUUUUCCCAGGCAGCUUGAGGAGAACGGAACAAUGAAAAGACGCCUGAAAUCUCAAUCGUCUGUUAUUUUAUUUUUUAAUUUAUGGCAAACGCAUACCUUCAUCCCAUCGCAAGACUCUGAGGAAGGGCUUUGGUUCUGCGGCGAAGCACUUAACACUCAAAGGAAGGUACAUGGCGCGAUCACCAGCGUUCGGCUUGGAGACUACGGUGAGUCGAGGUUUCAACGUGGAAGAUGCGGAUUGCAUUUCAGAGGAAGCAACAAGGGAAGUGGAGCAGCUCCGGACCAGGAUGUCAGUGGCGCAGGGACGGCAGAGGGGAGAGCAGAGCACGUGGACCCCCCCCCCUCCCUCCUCAAAUGCUACUUCAAAUGGCUUCGCAUUGGGAGAAUGAAAAAAAAACGCUCGCAUUGUCUACCUCAGAAAAUCGAUUUCAUUCGCCCAUCGUCUGAUCAAUAGGUACAAUGGGACCGCAGAUAUCGAUCUGCACUCGUUCCCGGUUCCCUAGAAUGAAACAGCACAGGUUCAGGAAUAGAGCUGACCUCUAGAGUCCACCGUACUACAGUGAAGUCCACAAAAUUCUAUUCGUACCCAAGACAUUAGAGAGGAACACGUGAAUCGUAUUAGAUUCAUCUGAGGCCUGCAAAGUACUUCGGAAAUAAGUAAUGUUGAAUACCACCCACCCGAUGACAAUAAAGUGCAGUAGAGUCCACCAAACAAGUGUUAAAAUCACAAACCAGUGAAGUACAUUUAUAUGGACCAUUAAUAAGGUACUCUGAAAUACAUUUAAGUGAAAUAAAGUACAUUAGAGUACAGUGCAUUUAUAUAGGUCAGUAAAGUUCAUUGAAGUUACAGUGUGCUUGAGUACAGUGAACCAAAUAUAAAGGUAUAGUAAAGUUCACACCAUCCAAUAGAGUCUUUGAUACCAGAUUUUGAUGCAAAAUUCUAUUGCUGUCCUUUGAUGUACUGGCAGAACAAGAGCAUCAAAGAGCAUUCCAGGGCAUUAGAGUCACCAGAGAGGAACACAUGAGUCAAGUUUACUUCAUCUGAGGCCUGUAAUAGAGACUGCAUUAAAGUUCAAUAGACACUACCAAUCAUUUAAUAGCAGUGUCAUGAAGUACAAUGGUACACAAAUUUUUAAAAAAUAAUUUGGAGGAAAUAUUGCGAUGUAAAGGUCCAGGAGAUUGGUGUCCUGACUUGACCGUAUUCACGUUAGCUGUUGGGCUCUAUUCCUGAACGUGUGUUUUUCAGAUCAUGCGUGUACAGUCACUACUACGAUAGAUGUCAGUGAGAAAUGUCGUUGCCUUACGAUGCAUGAGUCAGCUGAUCUCUAGUUCUGCUGUUUACGAUUGUCUCUGUGGCUGUAACUUAUUCCGGCGUGUCCCUCAUCGUCCCGUGGCCCUGUGAUUGUGUGUUUUGGAACAAGCCUCUGUUUCUGUGGUGACUUUUUUUUUAUGUCUACUCAAAUGCACGUUUGCCUCGGCGCCGGUCCCGGUGCCGCCCGACCAAUGGAAAUGUCCGGCUGGUCGGUGAUGACUCUGUUGCUGGCCAUUGACAGCCAUCGUGUGUCCACUCCACAUUAAAGUCUCUUGACCAUC